AUGGCUGCGAAACUGCUGAUAACGAACGACGCGACGGAUUUCAGAUGCGGUGGGAAAAGUUCGCCCAGCAUGGCUGUUGGCACGAGCGUAACGCCUGAGAAAACUGUCACGCUGAGCGACAACGCGAUUCCGGUGCACGACACCAUCAUGAGAAUUCUUCUUCCAAAUCUGUCCAUCAGAAUCAUCGAUAAACAAGGCCCGACGAGGCCGGAUCCCAUCACUAUGAUCACCGCUGUCGCCGGAUCGAUCACGCUGACUUUCGCCGACACUAGAAUCGACUGCAUGUAG